AUGUCGUUCCAAGACUUUGGCUCUGUGGUACCACUCGAAUCAAACCCUGAAAUCUUCACUGAGUUUGGUCGAAAAUUGGGACUUUCUCCUCUACUAAACUUCUUUGAUAUAUACUCUAUCACAGAUCCGGACCUACUAGCAUUUAUUCCUCGGCCUUUAAAUAGUAUCAUACUUUUAUUCCCUAUAACGGAGCAAUACGAAAAGUUUAAAAAGGAAGAAGAAGAAGAAGAAGAAAAAGCAGCUCAACCACAUCAGGACAACUUUGAGAGCGUCAUUUGGUUCAAACAACUCCUUAAGAAUGCUUGUGGAUUAUAUGGGUUACUCCAUGCCAUCUGUAAUUUACCUACUGGUCUUAUAGUAGACCAAUCACAGAUGUGCAAGUUCGUUGAAAACAUCAAAGCCCUUCCUGAGGUGAGCAAUUCCAAUCACUUUUAUGAAAAGACAAAGUUGAUCUCGGACUUAUUCCUUUCUACAUACAAUGAUUUUAGCCAACAGGGACAAACUGAAGCUCCAAGUGCGGAAGAUGACGUUGAUUUGCAUUUCAUAUGCUUUGCAAAGGGGAAAAAUGGGCAUUUUUUUGAAUUGGAUGGUAGAAGAGAUGGACCUCUGGAUUUGGGAGAACCUAUUGAUUCACACCAAGACGUUCUAGCUUCUCAAGCGAUUCUCAGCAGAAUUAAAAAAUACAUGAGCCUUGCCGAUGAUAAGAACGGUAUGAAUUUUGCUAUGAUGGGACUUGGUCCUGUAAUGGAGUAA